GGAUAUCAUCCGAUUGAGUGUAGGUACAAUUACGGCAAGAUAUUUUUACACCAUCUUUUUUCGUUCGAUUCUUAUCAGGAUUUUACACGCUAUAACGUAUGCGCGAUAAGACGAGAACGUUUAAUUUUUGUCUAAUAUCGUUAACGAUAUCUAAGUUCUCGUAGAAAGCUCGCUCUAUCGAGUUUGUAAAUAACUAACACCUGUAUUCGAAACGACAUGUUUUAUGCGCAAUUUUUAUUCUGUAUUGUUCGUUAUUCUAAAUGGAUGUUUAACAAGUUUUGAACAUAAAUGAAUAUAAAUGAGAAAUUAUUAAAUACGCACCAUGUUUUUCGCAGAAGUAAAAAAUCGGUUUUAUGACACAGCUGAAAAGAAAAUAUUCCUCUAAAUAUCCUCCUUUUUUUGUUUCUUUUUUUUUGGACGUGGAGAAAUCCUCAUGGACAGACACUCCACUGCUGCUAAUAGUCAGCAACAGCAGAGUAGUGUCGAACGAAUAACGUAACGACUUAAAAGUUAGACAAGUAAUAAUUGGAAUUUCUUUUGGAAACGAAAUUGUCGUCACAAUUCUUGGACGCAAUAUUUACGUAUAUAUUUAUGCAUAAUAUUUAAACAUUUGUGAAUAUAUAUAUAGGAUAUUUAUACUUUGAAAGAUACUUUUAUAGAUAUUUCUUUAGAAAAGCCGUCUUUUAAUGCGAAUUUCUAAUGCUGUACUUAUAACAAUUGUACGAGUUUGAGUUAUAGCGAACAAAAUAGAAGUCAUGCUGUUAUUCAUUGCAAAUGAAAAAUUACACUAACAUGCGGAGAAGACGUAUGGAAUCAGCGAUACUUCAAGCAAAAAAAAAAUGUAUGUCUGUAAUAAAUAUGGAUUUGCUUUACUAAGACGUUUCCUGAAACUGAUAGAAGAAACAUUAUAAUAACGACUGGUCACUCGAGCUAUUAUGCAAGCAGAUGGCAGAUUACACUUAUAUACUUUACAUGUAUUAUACGUAUACGUUACAGUAAAUGUACUAUUGCUAUUCUACUAUUAUCGAAUUAUAAGUGAAAUUUCCUAUUUUCCACAAGGAAAUAAUUUUUAAAAUUAGUACGUUGUUAGCCAAUCCUGUGUUACCAAAAUUGCCUUUUUAUUUGAUUUUACAAAUCAACCGUAACGUACAUGACGUAACCUAUAUGCAUAUGUGCAUACAUAUAUAUAUUAUACGUAUACAUCCUGUAUGUGUGUAUAAUACCUAUAUCAAGUAUACAUCAGCGGUAUUUCUUUUUAUUCCUUGGAUUAAAUUAUUGACUGAAUUUUUCAGCUCUUGUAAAUGCGAACAAAUUCUUUGAAGCAAUUUUUCCAAGUUUCUAAAUUAUUCAAUUCUCAGUCAUUAGAAGGUUUCUACAAAAAGCUGAAUAAACGACUCAUAGUACGAUGACGUGCAGAAUGAUAUUAAUUAAGUUGGAACAACAUAACAAUCAAAUAGAACUUGCACGUUACUUUCUUGCGUUAUCGCAACCGAAAGUGAUCUUCGCGAAUGAGAAAUCGGUGGCGGUCAUAUUGGAGGCUGCGAAGAUCGAGCUGUAUCAUCUGAAAAUGGUCUGUUUCGGCUACUAUCCUGGUACGACGCCGUUUUCCGAGACGCUGAAAGGGCAUAGCGAGUCGGCAGUGAAGAAUUUUCGAUGCAGAGAGAUCAACGAUCCCAGUCACGCGGGUUUGAUUCUUUUCUCGUCUGGAACAACGGGCAUGCCGAAGGGCGUGCAGCUUUCGCACAAGGCACUUAUAAAUGCAGUGGACCCGAUGGUUGGUUUCUCGCUCUGCGAACACGUCCCAAUGUGGUUCAGUUCUUUGUACUGGAUCAGUGGAUCGUUACUCAGCCUUAAAAGCAUCAUUUCUUGCACCAAGAGGAUCAUCGGACCGGAGUUCGACGAGAAAACUACUUGCGAAAUUAUCGAAAAGUUUAAGAUCACGUGGUUAAUGCUGAGCACCAGUAUGGCAAAUCGGUUAGCGCGAUACACUCAUCUGCACGAUUAUGAUCUUAGUAGUUUGCAAACCCUUUUCACCGGUGGUGCUACGAUGAAACAAGAAUCUCAAGAUUUAUUGAAGAAUCACUUCUCGACUACGUCCAUUGUACAGGCGUAUGGUAUGACAGAGCUUGGAGGCCUGUGUGCAGCACAAUUAUCGGACACCGUAAGUGGGUCUUGUGGCGUGGUAAGCGCAAAUUGCGAGAUAAAAGUCAUAGAUAUUGAAACAGGAGAGGCACUUGGUCCAAAUGAACAUGGCGAACUCUGCGCGAAAACGAUGUCGAUCAUGACAGAAUAUUUAAAAAAUCCCGAAGCUACCAAAAAUACCAUCGACGAGGAUGGAUGGGUACACACGGGUGAUUUAGCUUAUUAUAACGAGAAGGGAGAAAUUUUCAUCAUGGACAGAUUGAAGGAACUUAUGAAAUACAGGGGACACCAAAUAACUCCGACCGAAAUCGAAAAUGUUUUGCAAUCUCAUCCUGCAGUGUUAGAAGCGGCGGUGGUUGGUAUACCUCAUCCUAUAGACGACGAACAUCCUAUUGCUUUCGUCAGCAAAAUACCUGAUAAGGAGGUUUCUGCGGAAGAAUUGAUAAAGAUGGUAGCUAGUAACCUGAUGGAUAAUUAUAAACUGCGUGGUGGCGUACGAUUUCUACCAAGUCUUCCACAUACACACUCAGGAAAGAUCUCGAAGAAAGAAUUGAAAGCUAUAGCAAGAACAAUUGUAAUUCAUUAAAUUAUCAGUAGACAACGGAUUGCGUAGGAAACGAUUGUUAUAAAGACAAACUUAAAGCAGUGCAAAUAAGAAUAUCUUUGACUUGAACAAUGUAAGUCAUAUAACAGUUAAUAUGCUUUCUUGACGAUUGGCAACAAUAAAAUAAUUCUAAAAAU